UUGUUGAAAGCGGUGCAACCUCGUCUAGUCUUUGGUGGUCAUACUCAUCAUGGUUGUCAUAUUAAACAUACAAAUGGAGUUCAUKAAUAUAGCAUAUCAUCAUUUAACUGGAGAAAUAAAUAUAAUCCAAGUUACAUGCUUGCAUUAUUUAGUAUGGAUAGUUAUUCCAUUGUAACCUGUAAUAUGCCUCAAGAACAUACAAUAGUAUUUAUUUAUUUAACAUCUAUUAUAAUAUUUAUAUUUUUAAAAAUUUAAAAUAAUUAAAUUUAAAAAA